GGCAGUGGCUGGCCACCCAAUCGUCUCGUUCGUCAUCUACCUCUCCCUCCUCCAACCCAAGCUAAGCUAAACAGCUUACACAGCUUGCUCCGCCAUCACCGUAUCGAGAGAGACAGAGACAGGCUAGCGAGGGAAUGGAGAGGAUGCUGGCCAGGCUGAUGCGGCGGCGGAGCUCCGUCCCCCUGUCCGGCCUCCUCCACCACGGAGGAGCGCCCGCCCCGCUGCAGGCCGCCGGCGCCACUGGGGCCUCCCCGCUGAUCUUGUCGCACCAGCAGCAGCAGCAGCACACGGCCGCCUCCGCCGUCCUGCCGGGGCUCAAGAUCAGGGACUCCGCGUCCCAGCUGAUCGGGAGGACCCCGAUGGUGUACCUGAACAAGGUGACCGAGGGGUGCGGCGCCCGGGUGGCUGCCAAGCUCGAGUUCCUGCAGCCGUCCUUCAGCGUCAAAGACAGACCGGCGAUCUCGAUGCUGGAAGACGCUGAAAAGAGGGGGCUCAUCACUCCAGGAAAGACCACGUUGAUCGAGCCCACGUCGGGGAACAUGGGCAUCGGGCUGGCGUUCAUGGCGGCGCUCAAGGGGUACGAGCUCGUGCUCACCAUGCCGUCCUACACCAGCCUGGAGAGGAGGGUGACGAUGCGGGCGUUCGGCGCCAACCUGGUGCUGACCGACCCGGCCAAAGGGAUGGGCGGGACGGUGAGGAAGGCGACGGAGCUGUACGAGAGACAUCCCAGCGCGCACAUGCUCCAGCAGUUCCAGAACCCUGCCAACGUCAAGGUGCACUACGACACGACGGGACCGGAGAUCUGGGAGGACACGCUUGGCCAGGUCGAUAUCUUCGUCAUGGGGAUCGGGAGCGGCGGCACCGUCACGGGAGUCGGCAAGUACCUCAAGGAGAAAAACCCUAACGCAAAGAUCUAUGGAGUUGAACCUGCCGAGGCAAAUGUUCUGAAUGGUGGAAAGCCAGGACCUCACCUCAUCACUGGAAACGGAGUAGGGUUCAAGCCAGAUAUUCUGGACAUGGACGUGAUGGAAAAGGUGCUCGAGGUGAAAGGUGAGGACGCCGUCAAGAUGGCUCGAGAGCUGGCAGUCAAGGAGGGUCUUUUGGUCGGGAUAUCAUCGGGAGCCAACACCGUUGCUGCUCUCGAGCUAGCCAAGAGGCCGGAGAACAAGGGGAAGCUCAUCGUGACCGUUCUUCCGAGCCUUGGCGAGCGGUACCUGUCGUCCGCGCUGUUCGAUGAGCUGAGGAAGGAGGCACAAGCCAUGGAACCGGUCGCGGUGGAUUGAUCUCGCCGGUCAAGCUAGCUAGCCUGCCGGGCACGCUGGAGAUCUGGUUCCUAUCGUCACAGCUGCCAGCCAAGCCAAUUGUACUUCCAUUCCCCCCUCAUCCAGUUUUUUAUUUUAUUUUACCGUCAGUGUGUCACCUCAUCUAUGAACCUUGCGAAAAGGAAAAAAAAAGUGCAUGAAUAAUGAUGGGAAAAUGUUGAAAGAGA